AUGAUUUAAGUAAAAGAACAUCUACCCCAAGAAUGGUUCGAUUUUAUCGAAUAAAUCAAAAUUUUGAAUCCAAUUGACUAUCAAACAAUCAAAUAAUUUGUAAAAGUUCGAUUCAGCCAAUUUCCUUCUGAUUAAUAAAUGAGAGAGUAUUACGAAGAAGUUUUUUCAAAGUAUUGCUAUCAUUCUACUAUAAUUAGAUCGACUAAUGAUUCCAAUAGAAAGAAGUGGCAUCAAUAAGACAAAAAUUUGCUUAUUUGGUGCAUGACUAAAUACUUAAUGUCUUAGAAUAGAUCUGACCUUAUUCCUGUAAUAGUUUUUAUUUAUCGUUAGAAUGAUAGAGAUUGGGAGUAUAUAUCAAAAAUACUGUGUGUAGAUAAGUAAUUGAUUGAAUUAAAAUGGAUAUCCUUGCUUCAUUCCAAUCUAAAAAUCUCGACAUGGACCAAAGAAGAGGAUCAAAUUUUGACAGAUAUUGCAAGGUAAGAUUUUUAUAUAUUUAAGUUAAUAUUAUUCAAAAAAUAAUUGGACAGAAUUAACCAUUAAGUUUAAUUAAUUGUCCUAGACUUAGAGAUAUCCUAAAUAAAUUAGAGAGAGAUGGAAUAAUGUGUUGAAUCCAAAUAUUUCUAAGUAAACUUGGAAUAAAGAAGAGAAAAUUAAACUCAUUUAAUUGAUUUUAGAUUAGGGUAAAAAAUGGUCUAAAAUUCAGAAUUUAAUGAAUAAUAGAAGUGAAAAUUAAAUCAAAAAUCAAUAUAAUGGAAUCAUUAGAAAUUUAAAAAGAUUUAAUGUAAUAUUUUGUUCUUUAAAUUAAGGUUUAAUAAACUGAAGAAAGAUCCUUACUCAAAGCAAUUAUUGAGAAUCCAGAUCAAAAACUAAGUUUGACAGUUACUUAAUUUAUGUCUGAUUUCUUGGCCAGAAAAGAAGCAUCAAAAAGAAUAGAUACACCAUUGUUAAAUAAUAGAAAAGUUGAAGGUUCAAGCGUUAACAAAACUAAAGUUGAAUUAUUCCCUCUUGACAAUCUCAUUAGUGUUUCAAGUAAUAUCAUUUAUUUAUUAUAGAUAUAUCAUAAAUUGAAAAAUCUAAAAUAAGUCAGGAAUCUUAAUAUCAAAUGCCUUAGACUCCAAAUUUAUUUCAUCAGUAAAAUUGUAAUCUCUCCAUACCUUAAAUAUAACCACAAUAAAUUUAUUAUAGAAAUUAAUAUACUAUGUCCAGUUUACCUAAUACCUAUAUGAAUUAUGCUCCAACUAAUUAGGUUUAUCCAAAUUAUUAUUAAUUUCCUAUGAAUUUAGGAUUUUAAUAAUAUCAAGGAUAUUUCUGAA